UUCGAGCUCCCCUUCUCCUGUAGCCGAGAGCCGGUUCUCCUGUUUCACACAGACUCGUGGGCUGCUCGUUUCUGGUUUUGCCUGGAAAAGGGCUUCGGGUGUUUUUCGGAGGUGCGGGAGCGUCACCCAUCUCCGCCUCGGGGCGCCGGGCGAGGCGCGGCAGCGCGCUCCCUCUCGCCCGGCGUCGCCUCGGCUGCCGCUCCGCCAUUGCCCCGCCGUGACUGAAACGGCUGGCGGUUUUCAAGCGGAUUCUAACGAGGCGAGUGCUGGCCCGCGGGGCCGAGCCGCCUCUCGGGCGGAAUCUUGCUCCCGGGGCGGCUGUUUCCCGGCCGGCGGGGAAAGGCUUCGGGGAGGGGACGGUCCCGCCGGCCGGUGGCGCGGGAGAAGCCCGCCCCGCCGGAGCGAGGCGGCUCCCGUGAGGCUGUUUUCCUAUAUUAAGCUGCCUGGAAGAACCGUUUGGUUCAGCCAGACCAUUGGCUUGGAGUUUCAGUUAGUGAACAGAGCUCCGAUUUCACGGGGCUCAGAGAUGGAUUCAUCAGAACGAUCAACAAUUAGAAGUGAGCAGAAAUCCAGGAAGUUCUUAAAAAGUCUAAUAAGAAAGCAGCCUCGGGACCUUCUUCUUGUAAUUGGAACCGGGGUAAGUGCUGCAGUAGCACCAGGAAUCCCAGCGCUGUGCUCCUGGAGAAGUUGCAUUGAGGCUGUAAUUGAAGCAGCUGAGCAGCUGGAGGUGCUUCAUCCGGGAGAUGUUGCUGAAUUUCGUAAAAAAGUAAUCAAAGAUAGAGACCUGCUUGUGGUUGCACAUGAUCUCAUCAGGAAAAUGUCACCACGUACUGGGGAUACGAAGCCCAACUUCUUCCAGGAUUGCUUAAUGGAGGUGUUUGAUAAUUUAGAACAACACAUUCAGAAUCCUGUUGUUCUGCAGUCAAUCCUGAGACUCAUGGAGAGAGGCACAAUGGUUCUGACUACAAACUAUGAUAAUUUACUUGAAAUAUUUGGUCAGCAACAGGGUAAACCUAUGGAAUCUUUAGACUUGAAAGAUAAGGAUAAGGUUCUUCAGUGGGCAAGAGGUCAUAUAAAAUACGGAGUUCUUCAUAUUCAUGGCUUAUAUACUGAUCCCUGUGGAAUGGUGCUAGAUCCCUCAGGAUAUAAAGAUGUUACUCAAGAUCCUGAAGUCAUGGAAGUUCUUCAAAAUUUGUAUCGAACCAAGUCUUUUUUGUUUUUGGGCUGUGGAGAGACUCUGCGCGAUCAGAUAUUCCAAGCUCUUUUUCUUUAUACUGUAAAGAAUAAAGUGGAUUUAGAACAUUAUAUGUUGGUGCUUAAAGAAAACGAAGACCACUUUUUUAAGCUCCAGGCAGAUAUGCUGCUGCACGGAAUAAAAGUAGUGUCCUACGGGGACUGUUUUAAACAAUUCCCAGAGUACGUACAAGAUCUGACUGCUCAAAUCUGCAAGCAGAGAAGUCCAGAUGCUGAUCGAGUGGACAGCACAACACUGUUGGGAACUUCAUGUGUGGACUGUGCUAAAAGGAAGUUAGGAGAAAAUGGCACAGACUCUUCUAAGAGAAUCAAGCAGUCAGAUAAUGGUAUACUCACUAUUUAACGAGAAAAACCCCAAAGCCCAACCCAGAAGCUUUUUAACAGUAGGUGUUUUAUAUCUGCUGCAUGGAAAGUUUUGAGCUGAGUAUUUCCAUGGUUUUAAGUGGAAUAAAAAUUGUGCAUCUUAGCCUUUUAUUUUCUAAAGCUGUAAACGUGUAAUGUAUGUAAAAGCUUGAGUCAUACUAGUCACUCUCCAGGCACUUCUGUACUACUAAAACUGUAUCUGCAGGGUCAUUUAGAAGCAGGUGCAGGUUUUCUCUGCCUGUCCUUCAAGUCAGUUGGACCAAACUCUCACCAAGGUGAAGCCACAACAGAGGUAAUGUUUGAAUCUGUCAAAAAUUACUUUUAGCAUACCUGUGACUAUCUCUUAGGUGCCUUCAAAAUGAAGGGUUUUCUAUUUUUUUUCUCAUCAGCUGAACUGCAGUUAGGCUGCUGGAGGUUGAACUCUUCAAGGGUCAGUUAGCACAAGGCUGCUUGCAGGCUUCAGAUUCAGAUCCCUAAGCUGUUAGGAACAGGAAGUGUUGUUUCAUGUUUAUAGAACCUGCAUCAUGAUAACCUGCUAAAAGUUUUACACUUUUAGCGUAUUUGUUUUCAUUUGUCAGUCUGUCAAGCAUGAGAUCACACGGGGAAAAAAAAGGAUGCAAAAGUAAUGUAUUGGCAAGGACAUACCAUAUGUGUAUGGGGGCUUACUGACAUAUUGCAGUGUAUUUCUAUGGAAAUAGUUAAAAUAGUGUUGUUUAAAUCACAGAGUAUGCAGCCAGUUAUCUCAGAAAGCAGAUAAUGAAUAGUCUUAAUGUGGCAGAAUUAAAACCAGUUAGUAUCUAAUUAUGUAUCUGUAGACCAUUUCUAACACAGAAGUUUGACUUCAUUUGAAUUACUCAGAUGAUUAGUAGGCACUGAUAAGGUCAGGCACUGCAUUAACUGUUUUUUUCUGAGGUGCUGUUACUUCACCUAGCACUCAUCUCAGCAGUGAACUGACAUAAUUAGUAGUUCAGUUGCUAACACCGCUAACCUGAAAUUUUCUAGUCAGCUGCCUCACCUCAAUGCCUGCAGGAGAGCACGUUCAGGACCAUUCUUUGUUCUGCUACCCGCACAUUUUUAUCUGGCAGUCCUGGAGGGUUGCUUCAGUUCACGUUUCUCUGCUUACGUUCCCUGUGGAUUUGAUCUGUUACGCCUUCUGAGAUCACGCUAUGCCAUAAUGAGGUUUUACAGGGAAUGGAAGUGAUGGGUCUGUCAGAUGACCUUUCUGGCUGAAUUGUGGUAUGUCAACUCUUUACUCCUAUGUCACAAAACCAAUUUCUCCUUGUUCUCUAGUAUCUAUGUGUGCAAAAUGAAAAGCUUAAAAGUGAGGUGCGUGCUUCUUUCUAGACUAGUAACUACUGGGAUGGGUAGAGUUUUUGUGGUGUAGAAGUCUUUCUACCCCAGGAGAAAACACCCAGUCAUCUUUCAUGAUUGACAGUCUGGAAACUAUACUUGGGUUUUAGUAUGCAAUAUCAUUGCUAAGCACCUUAAGUAUCAGUUCUCAAGGUUUCAGCUGUGUUUUUUAAAAGGUAAAAAUCAAAAGCAAAACUAGCCUGAAUAUAGACCAUACUCAUCUUCUCCCUUUGAGAGACUGUAUUUAUGCAUACAUCACUUUUGAAAAUUAAGUCUUUCAGCAUUGCAUAUAGCAUUAUCUGUAAGACUCUUAACUUCCAAAAUUGGCUUCUCUCGUCAGCAUGAAUUGGCUGUUUUGAAAAGUGAUCUGUCAUGCUAUUUUGGAUGCUGAUUUUCAGCUUAGAACACUUAAAUGGUUGCUUCAGCUGCAGCAAAAUUAAUCAGAUGAGCCGAGCUAUUUAUAACCAUGAUUAAUUAUUUAAGCCCAACCCUAAAGUCAUGUAACUCCUUAUCUUGUGCCUGAAGUCAGAUCCACAUUAGGAAAUAACAUCCCCUCCCUUUAGUAAGGAUCAGCUUACACCUAGCAUUGGCAAUUCUUCCAUGUUGUAGACACUGCUGAACUGCAAGUUAUGCAACAGCCUCCCCCCAUUUAAGUGCCAUUUAUUCAUAUCCUGAAAAGCAGAUGAGUAAGGAGUUAUUUUAAUUCCUAACAUACACAAUAAGAAGGUAGAAAUGCCUAGUUUGGGUUUUGUUACACAACCCCCCUCCCCUGUAUAUUUUAAGUCAUCUUGGGGAUGGGAUUGCCUUGCAGGUACCUCAGGGUUUAAAAUACAGUCAAAAGGGACAGAACCUGAAACUCAUCUGUUCCAUUUAUCUGUUAAGUAAGUGAAAGAGUAAGGUUGUUUAAGGCCCUGUUCAAAUUAGUAGUGGAGUGCCGUAAAAGAACUAACCAUAUAAACUGGCAUACUAAAUGAUGUUUGCUGAUUCUAAUGUAGAUUGCUCUUUUUCUACUUAAUUCGUAUUUUUUUUAAAAAAUGGCAGUAAGAUAUUUACUGAAAACAAACUUGUUGACCAUUUAUUAUCCUGUCUUGCUCAAGCUGUGUAAUGAUGUUGAUAGGACAUCUCUGAUGAUGGCAUAUGCUCUUUAAAUAUUUUAUUAAAAGCCAAAUAGACCAUU